AUGUCUCGCAUUGUAGCAGAAGAUAACGCUGGUGACCACGCGUCGCCGUAUCAUUCCAUGGAGAUCAGCUCGUCGUUGACUUUAGGUCAGCUUCUCAAGAACGUUAGCGACGUUAGGAAGGUAGAAGUCGGCGACGAGACUCCUGUUCGUGAAUUCUUUGACCGUGACGGUUCACUAGGUGAUGAAGAUUAUGAUCUCAUGCGCCCUGUUCCCUUCGUUCUAUCUUUCAACAACCUCACUUACAACGUCUCUGUUCGCCGGAAGUUUGAGUUUCACGAUCUGACCCCACGGAGGAGACUAUCUUUCUCGAAGACCAAGACCCUUCUUGACAAUAUCUCAGGCGAGACUCGCGACGGAGAGAUUCUUGCCGUUCUUGGAGCUAGCGGCUCAGGUAAGUCCACUUUGAUCGAUGCUUUGGCGAAUCGGAUCGCUAAAGGAAGCUUGAAAGGCAAUGUAACGCUUAACGGAGAGGCUCUUCAAUCUCGGAUGCUGAAGGUUAUAUCGGCGUAUGUAAUGCAAGACGAUCUCCUCUUCCCGAUGCUUACUGUAGAAGAGACUCUGAUGUUCGCUGCUGAGUUUCGAUUACCAAGAAGCUUGCCUAAAUCCAAGAAGAAGCUCCGAGUUCAAGCCUUAAUCGACCAGUUGGGUAUUCGGAACGCCGCUAAAACAAUCAUCGGCGACGAAGGACACCGUGGGAUCUCCGGUGGAGAGAGACGGCGAGUUUCAAUCGGAAUUGAUAUCAUCCACGACCCCAUUGUUCUCUUCCUCGAUGAACCGACUUCUGGUUUGGAUUCCACAAGCGCCUUCAUGGUGGUCAAAGUGUUGAAGAGAAUUGCAGAGAGUGGCAGUAUCGUAAUAAUGUCUAUACAUCAGCCAAGCCACAGAGUUCUCGGUUUACUUGACCGUCUUAUCUUCUUGUCACGUGGCCACACCGUCUUCAGUGGAUCUCCGGCGAGCCUGCCGAGCUUCUUCGCUGGGUUCGGCAAUCCGAUACCGGAAAACGAGAAUCAAACGGAGUUCGCACUCGAUCUCAUCAGAGAACUCGAAGGAUCAGCUGGAGGAACCAGAGGGUUAGUGGAAUUCAAGCAGAAAUGGCAGGAGAUGAAGAAACAGAGCAAUCCUCAACAGCAAAACCUGACUCCGCCGGCUUCUCCGUACCCAAAUCUAACCCUCAAAGAAGCGAUAUCCGCCAGCAUAAGCAGAGGAAAGCUAGUCUCCGGUGGCGGCGCUGGAUCAUCCGCCUUAAACCACGGUGGCGGAACCACAACCCUGGCCGUCCCUGCAUUCGCGAAUCCGUUCUGGAUCGAAAUCAAAACUCUCUCCAGACGCUCAAUUCUCAACUCCCGCCGACAACCAGAGCUCUUCGGCAUCCGACUAGCCUCCGUCGUCGUCACCGGAUUCAUCUUAGCCACCGUCUUCUGGCGAUUGGACAAUGCCCCAAAAGGCGUCCAAGAGCGGUUAGGUUUCUUCGCAUUCGCAAUGUCCACAAUGUUCUACACCUGCGCCGACGCUCUCCCCGUCUUUCUCCAGGAACGUUACAUCUUCAUGAGAGAAACUGCUUACAACGCUUACCGGAGAUCCUCCUACGUUCUCUCUCACGCCAUCGUCUCCUUCCCUCCGCUCAUCUUCCUCUCUGUAGCUUUCGCAGCGACAACGUUUUGGGCUGUUGGGCUCGAAGGAGGCCCAAUGGGCUUUCUAUUCUACUGCCUAAUCAUCUUAGCCUCUUUCUGGUCCGGAAGCUCCUUCGUGACUUUCUUAUCCGGCGUCGUUCCACACGUGAUGUUGGGUUACACGAUCGUUGUGGCCAUUUUAGCUUACUUCUUGCUUUUCAGUGGAUUCUUCAUCAACAGAGAUAGAAUCCCUCGGUACUGGAUCUGGUUUCAUUACCUUUCCCUUGUUAAGUAUCCGUACGAAGCGGUUCUUCAGAACGAGUUCUCGGAUCCUACGGAGUGUUUUGUGAGAGGCGUUCAGAUUUUCGAUAACACGCCUUUGGGAGAAUUGACCUACGGGAUGAAACUGAGGCUACUGGAUUCUGUGAGUCGAUCGAUUGGGAUGAGGAUAACGAGCUCCACGUGUCUUACGACGGGUGCUGAUAUUCUGAAGCAGCAAGGAGUGACGGAGCUUAGCAAAUGGUAUUGCUUGCUUGUUACGGUAGCGUUUGGAUUCUUUUUUAGGGCUUUGUUUUACUUGUGUUUGUUGCUUGGGAGCAAGAACAAGAGGAGGUGA